GACGCUUUCUGGGCCCGGAAACAACGAAAAAUAACUGGUUAUUGUACCGUUCGUUCUGAUUAACGGGCAUACCCGAUCGAUCGGUGAAAUCGGUUUGAUUCUGAUCGAGUCUCCGAUUUAAAAACCGUUCGUUGGUUUCCAGGAACGGUUCAGCGCGUUGUCCGGUGGACGUUCAGUGACAGAGUCUGAUCAACUGUUCAUCACAGUGACUUGUUGUUAUUCUCUGGAGGUUUAUUGGCUGUUUACAGCUUUGUUGUAGCUACAAGUAUCUGUCACAGACAAAUGUCAGCGAUAAGUGACUGUAAAUGACGCUGCGUAUAUUCCCUCCAACUGAAAUGGAUUAACGUCGAGACAAGAGACGAAUGAAAGGAGCUUGUAAAAAGAUCCUGUCCCUGCAGAGCAGUAUGGAGUGGCCCGCUGACUUUCCUGACGACCACGCCUCUGUAGAGCUUCUGGUUCCAGGGGUUUCCAGUGACCUGGACUUUGAUCAGUUCAUAAAAGACACAGAGGAGAAACUGAGUCUCAAUGCCAGCAUUGAACAGCAGCUGAAGGAGAUCCAGGCCAAAAUGGGAGCCUCCCGGGCGGGAGAAUGCCCGCCGAGCCCGUCAGAGUGCCUCCAGUGGUUCAACCUCAGAAUGAACAACAGUGUCAGGCCUAUCACUGCAGGACAUGAAGAGUUCAUGGACUUCCUCAGAGCUUUGCAACAGUACCUGCGAUCUGAAGAAGAGGGGAGAGAGGAGGUGACCCUUCAGCUCCUGCUGCAUCUCUCUUCCCAGUGUGGCGUCUGCUUCCCUUGUACCCCUUCCUCUUCCUCCUCAUCCUCCUCUCAUCACCCUCACCCGACCGCCUCCUCCAUCCCGUUGGUACACACAGUCAGAGAUGACGCUUCAUUAGAGUUCCAGGAGGUAUGGGAUGACGUGCGUCUCCACUUACGCUGCCACCUGCUGGACCGGCUGUCUUCCCACAGUCCAGAACAUCCUGGACCCACACAAAUGUCUAUUCUCUCCAUCCCUGAACGAGUCCAGUGUCUGCAGCAGCUGUUAUGUCUUUAUCCUGAAUCUGAAGUGCUCACACAUUACCAGGGCCUGAGAAGCCAAUCUGUGCAGGUUAUCCUGCACUCGACCCUGAGCUCCAGCCCAGGCAGGGAGACUCACGGCUUUGACAGACUGGCUCUGGGUUUCCACUCUGCGAUCCCAGCUCUGACUCAAGCGCUCACCGAGGAGCUCCAAGUCCUUUCCAGACUAACAGAACCACACACCGUCCUCGGCUUCCUUAACGCAGCUUACUUCGGCACCGUGGCCCGAGAACUGGCCUCGCUGGUGGAGAGAGAGUGUGAGAUGGCCCUGAGGGACAACACCACGAUCAGCGGCAAGAUAAAAAAAUAUUCAGCCAGGUCUCGUGCAACUGUGGCUCCGAUGGAGCUCCCCAUGAAGAAUAGGAGCUUCAGUCUAACCUCCCACCAGCUGAGGGCGUUAACCCAGCUGGCCUGCACUCUGCUGGGGUUUGAGAGCAAUGUGAGAGAGCUGGUCACUCACACUAUCUUCAUUAACUGUACAGGAGACGCUCCCUGUAUAAAAGGCAUCUUGAAGAAGAGCAAAGAGGAUUCAGACACGACAACAGAUGGCAGGAAAUCCAGUGCAGAAACACUCCACACACCAGAGGCACAGGUGCUGGAGUUUAACUGGAGGUCGGCGUUUCGGGGGCUGGUCCCUCACAUGGAGCAUUGUGUCAAAGUGGUGCUGGACGAUGUUUGUGCCAAGAGUCUACAGCAGGAAGAGGCCUUAUACUCCUCAGGACACACCUCUCUCACCCUGUGUCACACAACUGGACACAACGCCAACGCUGCCGGCAACACACCUCUCAGAGAGGACUCCUUCCACACACACUCAGAGAGGGAGACUCCCAAAAUGAUUGCCAAGUUUUGUGCAACGAUCGUGGCCGAGUUGGACGCCUUACUACCCUUGGCAGCAGCCUGCAGAGACAGCUCUCUCCUGGAGGUGCGGUCGAGCUUUGUGGAGGCAUGUGGAAGGGCAGCGUUUGCCGUGUUGGGCCGCCUGCAGGAGAGGGCCCUGGCGGUACCGUCCUCUGCGCCUGUGAAGAACCUGCCCACUCUGCUGGCCUCUUGCAUUUAUGUGCACCAAAGACUGGAGCACUACCGCGGCAGGCUGAAAGAUCCAAAUACUCCUGCAGCUAAAGUACCCCUGACCUUACUGCCUAUACAGAAGUACCAAGAAACAGUAGAUGCCUUGAAAAACCAGCUGACCAGCUAUUGUGUCCAGGUCUGCACUGCCUGCAUUCUUCAUGAUGCAGAGAGUCACCAAUGGGCUGACCCCAAACCCUUCUACGAGGGCGAGCGCUGUUCCUUCUCAGUGCAGAUGUGGUUCUAUUUCCUGUGUGGGCUCCGCAGCGACCUGUGGGCAGUCCUUCCGCCUGAGAUUGCUAAGGAUGUGCUUGGCCAGGUGCUGUCAGAGACUUUAUUAACACUGGUGCAAAGAUACGCCCGGGCCCAGCCUUCAUACAAGAGACAUCUGCAAAUCAGAGGUGACAUCACAGCGAUGUUGCUGUAUGUGGAGCAGCUCAUGUGGAGUUUGUGCGAAAGUCCCGAGGCCUUGUUGCGUGCCAACCCUUCGUCAGCGAUCGCCAUAGUCGCGGGUGGAUCAGACUGGCCGUACCAAAUCCACAGCCUGUGUGGGCAACUCCUGACAGUCCUCGUCAUUGUCACGGCUCCUCUAACUUUGCUGCAUAGGACAUUUAUGAUUAAUCCUGCAAAGGAAACCAUGCCACAGCAGCCUGACAGCUCUUUUGUACACUGGCUAAACGCUAUCAACCCUGACCUCUUCACGGCGCAGGCCAUACGAGACGGCCUUAUGGGCCAGUCAGCCUUUGCCUGCCAGCUGAGGCUGCUGACCUCUAGCCCCGGAUGCAAUCCCAAGUUGCUACUAAGAGUGCUGCUGGAAGGAGAUUGUCACCUGCCCAGAAUACUCCUUGAAAACUCUCAUUUUUGCCAGGAGAGCGCCUCAGAGAUGUCUGCUGAGAGUUGCCAGGCUGGAGACAACUUCAUAGUCACACUGUUCAAUCUUUUCAGCUGCUUGAAUAAUGUUCCCAAGGCCUUGACUCAGGCCCUUCAACCAUAUCUGGAGAGGGCACAUCUAUGGGAACAUCUCUACACACUGGCAGACACGACGCGGGCAGCACCUGUGGUGAUCAGCUGUGUCCGCUCUAUCAUCACCAAGUCCACCAACAGCCUCCUGGCACAUCUGGUCUCCAUGGCGAUGGGUUGGCAGGCCACGGAGGAGCAGAGUGGAGCCUCGCUCAAGCCUAAUAUACCAGGAAGUGUCCUGGCUAAGAUACCCAAGGAGUGGAACUACACGCCACUGGAAACACGGGGAAAAGAGACUUCCACUAAAACUGUAACAUCUCUUGCCAUUCAAGCCAUGUCUUUCAUUUUCACCAACCUGCCCAUGGCUGUGGCGUCUGUCCCUCUCCCCAUUCGCUUCCUGUUCCAAGUGGCAGAGAAGCACCUUUCCCAGCAUGCCCGGCAGCUGCGCUCGGUGGGCCUUUUGCUCUGGGCCUUGCUGGGCUGCCUGAUCCAGGGCCUGGAGAACCCAGACACAAAAGAACAGAUCAGCGGAUUGGCCGUGGAUCGCGGGGCAAAGGACUGCCUGUCCGUGCUGGCUGAGUGCCUACAGGCUGCCAUGGACGUUCAACCGAAAGGUGUCCCCAAACCCACGGUGCUCAAAGUGCUGCAGGCUCUGGAGGAAAAAAGACCCAAAUGGAUAAACAUGCAGCUGCAGAAAGCCCGCAAGCUCUGCUCCGACAGUGUGUUUGAGCGAGAAAGAGAGAGCGGAGUCGCUGCGGCUGAACUGACUGAGCAGAAAAUAGGCCUGAUGCUGCUGGAGGUCUGCCACAAAGCAGGUGGCAGCGACUACCUGAGGCAGAUCUAUCACAUCAUCCAAGGCAAUGAGGAGCUGCUGUCGAAACUGUGUGGUGGCUCAGACUCACCAAACGAUCCUCCUGGCUUGGUGAACUUUGUCCUCGGCUCUGAAAGUCCCACAGACGUGGCCUCUUUCAACCCUCUGCACCAAUUUGACCACGUUGGCCAGAAGAAGCUGGAUCAGAGUGCCGUGGUGGACUGGGCAUGGGACUGGCCAGGGCUGCUGCCAGCCUAUCAGGGCAUGAGUCAGGUCACCUUCAAAACUCUGCUGGCCAACAGGUGGGAGCUGCAGGAAGGUGCGGAGCUGGAUGAUGGAGAGAAAGCGAUGGUGGAAGACCUUAAGAAAGCCUAUUUCGUCUGCUGCUGCAGUGCGGGACCACCACCUGAUGACACACAAGCAGAGCAGAUCCAGAGGGAAACACAACCAUCUGAUGAAAGUGCUGCCCAAUAAAAGUCCACGCAAAUGGAACUUUUUUUUUUUUUUUUUUUACCACGUUGCAAACACUUGCUCGUAACAUGUAGCUGCAGCUCCUGUGGUUGUAGAAUGUGUGAGUGCAAGAGGGUCCGUGCAUUUACUGGAUGCAGUGAGAUUGCACUAUGUGUUUGUGCAUGAAAACACGAGUGAAUGAGAAGGUGAAACAACAAGAGCGAGGGAGACAGUGCCUCCCUCUUUACACACAUGCAUCACACAAACUCCCCGUGCUUUUCUGUGCUGCAUCAAAUGCAUUUCAUCUUUUUUUGAGGGCACAUCUCCAGAAAUCAGUUCUGGGAAAUGGAGAACCCGGAUUUGUUUUCCUGGGACGAGAUGUGACUCUGUGAUCAUUGUAGGUAGUUGAAUUUUUUUUGGGGGGGGGGAGACAUUGGUGUCAGCGUACUUUCUCCUGGUUCCUGAACGCAAACAUCAAAAAUUACAACUGGGAAGCAAGAAGAUUUUUUGAUUACACUGUGUCCCAAAAAUCUGCCCCACGCUGUCAUAUCAGUCAGUAUUUUGUGCAAACCCCGAGAAAACAUUUAUUUUAUGUGUAACACAAUUGCUCUGUAUAUUUUUCCAACUGUGUCUGUAUUUUGUUAUUUAUGAGAUGGGGAGAGAGAGAGAGUGUU